AUGGCCUGGCAGAAUAACUGGCCAGCGAUGCAGCAGCAAGCCAUGGGCCCAAGAUAUCCUCCACCAAUGGGCAAUAGUGCACAUUUGAGUGCGCCCAGUGCCCCGAUGCCGAACUACGGGGCGGCCAAUACCGAUCAGUACAAUCAAUGGCAAUGGCAGCAGUAUCAACAACAAUACGCACAAUGGUAUGCGAUGUAUGGUGAAAAAUACGCACAGCAAACAGGCAAUACGUUGCCACCCGUGGCCUCUCCGAUGCCCCAAGCUGUGCCCAAUGCCAUGGCCAAUGCUUAUGUCCCACCGGCUCCUCCACCGGUUGCAUCAUCUUUUGGUUCCAUGGUUGCUCCUCCGCCGCCCUCAGAACCUCAUCCGGACGAGUUGCAUAUGAACAGAGUUGGUGAAAAACCUCCACUUCCGGAAGAGAAAAGUCCCGAGGAGGUCGCCUUCGAUGAACAGUUUCGAAAAUGGGAACAGGAAUUCGAAACGUGGAAGAAAACCAACAUCAACCAUCCGGACAAGGCGGCAUACAGAGAGUACGAGCAGAAGUACGAAGAACAGCGUAAGAAGCUACUUGAUCAUCGCGAACAAUUGCGACGACGGAGACUUGGUCAGAAUGCUGGGCCUCAAGGACCUCGGACCACGACUCUAGUUGUGCCACCUCAAAAACCUCCUCCACCUCCGCCACAACCAUCACAACCGCCACCACCCCCAUUGCCAUCCUCGCAACCCUCGCAUCCUCCAGCGCCGGAAGAAACCUAUAGUUACGGUUCCAACAUUGAAACCGGUACAGUGACUGUCGAGAAUACUCAGCAAGAUAGAAACAUGGAGUCGAACAAUAUGCAAAGUCUGUUUAGUGGUCCUGGUGCUAGCUGCCGUGAUGGUGGCAUCCCUGGACUGGAUUUGAUCGACGAUGCACCUGCACCGUUGCCCAAGAAAGCAAAAUUAGACGACCCUGUGAUCGAUUUGUCGAAUGACGAGGAAGAUGUCAAGCGGAAUGCACCAAAACCCAACCCGAACAACAUGAUCAGUUCUUUGUUGAACGAUCCCAACGUGAACGCUCUAUUGCAGCUGGUCGGUAAAACAAUAUCAGGAAACAGCGCAGGUACUAGCGGUGCAACAAAUCCUCUAGUAGCGGCUUUGGCACAGCUAACAAAUAACCCAAAUCUGGGAAAUUCAACUCCGGAGCAAAACAAUGCUGUAGAAAAGCCAUCGAAUGAAAUGGUCGACGGAAAGGUACAACAUCACUCAAACGUAGCAACAUCGUUUGGUUCCCAUACUAAUGGACCAAAUGAUCGUGGGCCUCAUCCCUCAUCAAGUACUGCUCCACAUGGCCGGAUGGAAAGGGAAGAUUGGGUGUUAGAACACAGUAAGCAACAAGGUUUCGAUCCUCGCAUACCACCGCCAUUACUAGACGUCGAUUUUAGUCGACCACCCCCUAUGAUACGUUCAGCCAAUAAGUCGCAGCGCGAUAGAUUUGGCAGAAAUGCGGAGCCACCAUCUGAGAAUGGGCCUUACAACAACGAUGGUUAUGCGAGGGACGGUCCGCCACUAGCGAAGAUGCCACGAUUCGAUUUAAGACCACCGUUAGCAGCGGUCAAUCACAAAGAGUACGAGGUGGAUCCGGAAUUGGGUCGUCCGGUGGCCGUGCCUAAACCCGACUGGAUGACCGAGGACGAAUAUCAGGAAAUUUACGAUCGAUACGAACAUGUGCAAGUUUUUGAGCAUCGGAAAAGUAAGAUGCUGUUGGCGAUUCAGGUUUUGCGGCAGAAAAAAAUACGCACAGGGGUGCUCGUGCUGGAUGAACUCCCCAUUCGGAACGUGGGAGAAUUGCCGAAACCUUUGCCACCGAUUAAGGAACCGAUCAAAAGUGAACCGGUCGAUGAUUACUUCAAACCGCAGCAGGUGUUUGAUUACUCCAACUGUAGCAAUACGGGAUCAGUAACUGGUCAUCAGCUGCCAGCUGGGCGCGUUAUAGACUAUGGUCACUGUGGCACUAAUCAACAAAGCUCGACUAAUAACAGAUUUAACAACAACAGGCGAAAUGAAUUCCGUGAUAUGGACAGGGCUGGCAAUCACAGUCGAGGAGGUAUUAUAUUUGUCCUGAUAUGAAUCAAUGAAAACGGGUUCGGUACAACUACGCAGCGUUUUGAUUACAACCAUUCGCGUGUGGCGAAUGCGGCACCGGUAGUUGCCGUACAGCACAGCAAUAAAUGGCCACCAACGAAUCAACCCGCAGCGCAUGAUCGAACCGUGUCGGGAUUGGAACGGUUGGCCCAGAUGCACUUGAAUCCUAAUCCGGAUGAAAGUAACCCCAACUAUCCCAGCAAGUUCCUGCUGAUGAACGAUAAUCGUCCCAAUUGCCUUAGUACGAAGCGUGGUAAGCGACCAUCGUCCAUACGCAAGCAAAAGCUCAAACAACAGCAGCAGCAACAGCAAGGUGAGCCAGAGCCGGCCAGCCAGAACCAGAGUGAACCAACUGCGAAUUCCACAACAGAUCAACCGCAGGUGGUCUGUAAGCAGGAACCGGACCUGUUGUUGGAGGACUUGAGCUCGGACGAAGAUGUCUUGACAGAUGGUGGAUUUGCCUAUCAGAGCAAUGACGAAAGUGCAAAGCCAAUCAAGCAGGAACCGCUAGACGAACGGUCCGAAUCGACGGUAUCUUCGUUGUCUUCGCAGAAUCAAACACCAUCACGGAUGGUUGAUAUUGACGAUCUUUUGCUGCCUCCGGGACGUUUCCACCGUCCGCCUAGAAUUUGUCUACUGAUCCGUGGUCUGCCGGGCAGUGGAAAAUCACACCUGGCGCGCCUGAUCAAAAACACCGAGCAACGCUACGAUCAAUCGCCAAGAGUGUUAAGUAUCGACGAUUAUUUCCUGGUGGAAAGAGAGGAAGAAGAGAAGGAUCCAAUGACUGGCAAGGUAUCAAAGGUGACCAAAUCGGAGUACGAGUACGAUGCGGAAAUGGAAGACAUUUAUGUGCAGAAUCUGAUCAAAGCAUUCAAACGUACCAUAUCGGAGCGUUUGUUUAACUUUGUCAUUGUCGACUGUUGUAAUCACAUGUUGGAAACUUAUAGUGAAUUCCAUAACUUCGCCAGGAGCAAUGGGUUUAAGGUGUACACCUGUACAAUGCAAACCGAUGUUGAAGAUUGUGCCCGGCAAAACGUUCAUAAUCGCACUGAGCAGGAGAUUCAGAUAUAUGCAGAUAAUUGGGCCAUGGCACCAGAUGAGCAUGUGCAAAUCAACUUCAGCUCUCUGCUUAACCCAGAACUGCCGGGAGAUACGGAUACGACAGUGGCCGAUAUGGACCUUGCCCCAGUCGACGAGGAACACACGGACGCUGAGGAGAACAGGCCCCAAGAGGAACAUACCAAUCCAUCACACGACGACAGUAACGACAGUUCCCCGGAUGGUACGGCUGAGUGUGACAUAUUCGCGAGUAAAUGGGACCACGACACCAGCGAGCAGAAUUUAGCAAGGCUCGAUGGUAUCAGUAAACCCUUGAAACGGCCCCCCACACUGGAGGACUAUUUGCAGCUGGAUGAUUUCAACAGCGAGGAGCACGAGAGUGGAAACCAGCAGGACGCUCCCAGCAGCACCGGCGGAAAGAAAAAGCGUGUACGCUGGGCUGAUGUCGAGGAGCGCAAAGCGCAGGAAAAGAUGCGCCAGCUAGGGUUUGUCGUCGGUGUCACGGAUUGGAAGCGAAUGAUGGACCCGUCCGAGGGUAGCAGUGCGCUCACGCAAACGAAAUACAUUGCCAGAGUGAAGAGACAGCCGUAA